GGUGGGCGGGUCGAGGGUGUGUAUCCGCAAUGACAACAGGAAGUGGCUGCAUACUGGUUUAAUCUCUCGCUGUUUUAUACACUAUUCGUCUCAGCUGACAGUUUGAGAGCCGCGCAAGAUUGUAAAGACGCAGAAACUCAUGACUACAUUUGUAAUCGAUCCUCGCCACGAUAACGGCGCCUGAAGAGGCCUGAGCUCGGUUUCACACAGCGGUCGUCCUUGCCAGACAUCCAGAGCAGCUCGACACUGGACAUCGCUAUUUAUAGGAGAAGAAGGAAAAUAUCCGGAACAUUAAACAUGCCGGGUCUAACAUGAAGGCUGAAGUUCUUCUGUAAUGCUGCGGUAUUCAUCCUGAAUCAUGAACUCGGUGUCUCCCAGUGCCGUUCAGUACAUAGUGGGCGGCGGUGCUCAUGAGGACAGGCCCUCAGCACAGUCCAGACGCCACAACGGCCACGGCUCAGCGCCUGAUGGGCUCCGAGAAGGCUCUGGAGAGCCCGAUGAAGUGGAUCGCCUGAAAGCCAAGUUCAUGUCCGCAUGGAACAACGUCAAAUAUGGCUGGACCGUUAAAUCUAAAACUACCUUCAACAAGACCUCCCCUCUGAUCCUCCUGGGUCAGUCCUAUCUGUUCAAUAGUGAAGAUGAGGUGGAUCGUUUCCGGCAGGCGUUCGUGUCGUGCGUGUGGCUCACCUACAGGAGGGAGUUUCCUCAGCUGGAGGGAUCCAGCCUGACCACAGACUGCGGCUGGGGCUGCAUGCUGCGCAGCGGACAGAUGCUGCUGGCGCAGGGGUUACUGCAGCACCUCAUGCCUCCAGACUGGAGGUGGGCAGAUUGUCAUCCGCUGACAGACGUUGAUUUUGAGGUGCUAAAGCCUCGCUCGCCCUCCCGUCCGGCUGGCAUGUCUCUUCCGUCCUUCAGUUCUUCCUGGACCAACCCCAUUUCCCAGAGAGACCCGAGCUCUGGCAGCAGUGAGGAUCACAGGCGGACCCCGGCCCGAUGUCCUGCAGCCAGCCAUGAGCCUCAGCUGGAGGCUUUGCACCGAAAGGUGGUGUCUUGGUUUGGUGACCAUCCCUCAGCUCCUUUUGGCGUCCACCAGCUGGUAGAGCUAGGAAAGGAGUCGGGGAAGAGAGCGGGGGACUGGUACGGCCCGUCCGUAGUGGCACAUAUGCUGAGAAAAGCAGUGGCUAGAACCACUGAGUUUCACAACCUGGCUGUAUACGUGGCACAGGACUGCACGGUGUAUAAAGGAGAUGUCAUGAAGUUGUGUGAGUCGCCGCUAACACAGGGGCUGUCCGAGAGCUGGAAGUCAGUCAUCAUUCUAGUGCCGGUACGGCUGGGAGGAGAAUCGCUAAACCCCUCCUACAUUGAGUGUGUUAAGAACAUUCUCAAGUUAAAAUGCUGUAUAGGAAUUAUUGGAGGAAAACCCAAGCAUUCCCUGUUUUUUAUUGGCUUUCAAGACGAGCAGCUAUUGUAUCUAGACCCACACUACUGUCAGCCAGUGGUGGACGUCACCCAAGGCAACUUCUCUCUGGAGUCUUUUCACUGUAACUCGCCUAGGAAGAUGAACUUUAGUCGUAUGGAUCCCAGCUGCACCAUCGGAUUCUACGCGCAGACUAAGAGAGACUUUGAGUCUUUGUGCUCAGCGGUCAGUGAAGCUUUGUCAUCCUCUAAAGAGAAGUAUCCCAUCUUUACAUUUGUAGAGGGCAGGGGACAGAACUAUGGACUGGAGGGGCAGAGCGGGGGGUCCAUGGACGGUCCUGCAAACAUUUUCUCAUGCAACAGAAUGAGCAGGAACAAUAAGAGAGGAAGCACAGAUGAGUUUGUGCUCCUGUGAGGAGCGUAUCGCAUGUAACACAGACCCGACACCAGUGAUGCUGCACCAAACUUCAUAAAACUGCUGUUCCUCGCGUCUGUGCACUGCAGAAUAUAAAGCAAACCUGGCACUGAGAUUCUCAAGAAAACCUGUGCGAGUCAUGUUUCACCCCAAAACCAAAGGAAAACUAAGAAAUUAUGUUUUGCAUAAAGAAAACGUUGCAUAUUUUUAGAACUUUGUUGUGAUGUUAUUUUCAUGGCAGUUAAGCACAUUUUCCUCCAAUUGAUCAUUAACAUAAUGCCAAAAACCUUUUGUUCUCCAUGCUGUAAUGUAAAAAAGCUAUAUUAUUUGAAUUGUAAUGUGUUUUUGCACUGCCUUUAAC